AUUUUAAUGUUGCUGCUGCAGUAUUUAUUUUGAGCUUUACCAUAUUUUCCCAUUAAAAAUUUUCAACUUUCAAGUUUCAAUUCAAGCAGCUUUGGAAAACCCAACCAGCCAACAGUUAAGUUCUGGAGGGAACUGAAAAGAAAUCUUUAUACAAGAUUACACCUUCAGAAGAGUCUUGCCGAAGUGUGUGGAAUCUUUGUGACAGGUCAUGAUCUUUGUAUUCUGAGCAGUAUUCAGAGUUUGAUGUUGAUGUUGGUUUGAUUGUGUGGACUUAGGAGUGAGAAUAGUUUGAUAUAUGCGCAUGGAAGGAAGAGAAGGCUUCAGUUCGGGGGUUACAGUGAUAGGGGCAGAAGCUCCAUCAGCCUAUCAUAUGGCACCAAGGAGUGAAGCUCCAAGUCAGGUUCCUCCUCCUGUUCCUGAAGCAACAGCUGGAGCUAUUGGUGUCUCACCUGUGAGUGUGGGAUUGGAUGGAACAGCAGCUAAGAAGAAAAGGGGUAGACCAAGGAAAUACGGGCCAGAUGGGUUGAACUCUAUGGCAUUGUCACCCAUGCCAAUCUCAUCUUCAGCUCCAUUUGCUAAUAACUUCUCAUCCGGGAAGCGGGGGAAAUCGCGGGGGAUGGAGUACAAGCUGCUGAAGAAAGUCGGAGUGGAUCUUUUUGGUGACUCUGUUGGUACAAACUUUAUGCCCCAUAUCAUUACAGUCAAUACUGGUGAGGACAUUACAAUGAAGGUUAUAUCUUUUUCCCAACAAGGACCCCGUGCAAUAUGCAUCCUAUCUGCUAGUGGUGUAAUUUCAAAUGUUACACUUCGCCAGCCUGAUUCUUCUGGGGGAACCUUAACCUAUGAGGGCCGUUUUGAGAUACUUUCAUUGUCUGGAUCAUUCAUGCCUACUGACAACCAAGGAUCAAGAAGCAGGUCGGGUGGGAUGAGCGUUUCAUUGUCAAGUCCAGAUGGUCGUGUUGUAGGUGGUGGAGUUGCUGGUCUCCUUGUAGCUGCCGGUCCUGUGCAGGUGGUGGUGGGAAGCUUUUUGCCAAACAACCAGCAAGAUCAGAAACCAAAGAAGCCAAAGUCUGACUAUGCACCAGCUAAUGUCACUCCUUCCAUUACGGUGUCUUCUGCACCACCCCCUACUAAUGGUGAAAAGGAGGAUGUCAUUGGUGGACACCUACUACACAACAACUCAGGAACAACCCUUAACUCAAACCUUACUCCUCCCUCGGCCUUUCGUCGCGAAAACUGGGUUAACAUGCACUCCAUGACAGACUCGAUGAAGUCGGCUACUGACAUUAACAUAUCUCUUCCUGAUAGUUGAUGAUCAACCUGCAGUCUCGCUGUCAACAUUCAUGAUUGAACUCUUUGUUUAAUGGUUCCAGUGUUGUUCUAUAUGGCGUAGUUUCCACUCUUUUUCAAACCUAUUAUGAUCUUUUUUUGCCUAUGACUGUAGGGCGAAGUAGCUGACUAGUGGUGUAAGUUGCAGCUAGGUUUCUAUAAUUUUCUUUGCCUACCAGAGCAUCUGAUUCCUCGGCUGAUUAGGUAGAUGCUGCAAUGUGCAGUGUUAUUAUGAGUAGGCUAAUUUGGAUGUAAUCACAACUGAAUUUGUUGGAUCUUUUGUCUCAACCUAGCCAUUUAUUAUUAUGUCACGAGUAUAGACUUGUUAUUUUCUCUA